CAGCUUCAGCGCACACACAUACACACACAUACACACAUACACACACACAGCAAGAGUGAGGACGCAAAAAGAGAGUUGCAAGAGAGAAGCAAAGAAAUCCUCGGCUAGCUCUAGAGUCUCUCAGUUUCCUGGUUGUUUUGCAUCCCUGAUAUGACCCUGUUCAGCCCAAGAUACAUGAGCAUGAGUGGAGAGUUGAAGUCCAGCCGCUCCAGGGCAGCGAGUAAGAGGGCCAGCAACACCAUUUAUGGAUCGGAGUUCGACCUGGACUAUGACAGCUACCACGAGGACUACAAUGACAGGGUGUAUGACUACCAGCGUGUGCCGGCAUCCCUGUCUCCUCUGCCCCUGGGACCCAGUCUGGCCAAGCGAUCCCGUUCCUCCUCCUACUCCUCUGGGAACAGACGCAGUCGAGACAGAACCCACUCCAAAAGCUCCAGAGCCCACUCCAGUAGUUCAUCCACAGCCAAGUUGGGCAUGGAGGAGUUGCAGGUGAUUAAAAAGGAGCUGACUCUGAUAAAGACACAGAUCGAUGGGCUGCUCGACAGUCUUGACAGGAUGGACACACAGAGGAAUGACCACAAAGGGUCACCCCUGAGAGAGGACAGUCCAGCCGGCUCACUGUACGCUCUGUCUGCCAGCAGCCCCGAGCACUCCCUCUCCUCCCUCUCUCCACCCAGCUCCCGCCAUCGAAUUCACAGGGAGAAAACUGACCCGAGGGAGCCCGUUGAUGACCACCACACGAUGAGCAACCACAGCUCUGACCCAGAAGAGGAAAUGUGAGGAAGGAACAUGAGAAGACAUAGAAGACAUGGAUUAAGUGCCAAACAUGGAGGAAGAGAACAACAACCUCCAAGCCAACACUCAUAUCAUCACAUAACACAAUACAAUUAUAUCAUUGUAUCACAACAACCUGGUUCCUGUGACCAUACUUUUAAGUAAAACUCAAACACUGACACAGGUGACUUAAACACACCAAGUACAUGCACAUCUGAAUAAGAAGAAUUUGGUAGGUUGGCCUGAGAGAGUGAGAGAGUAACUAUAAAGGACAACUGGAAAGAACGGUAGUGAAUUUAACUUUUUAUAACCCCGCCUAAGGAGGCAUUCUUAUUGAUUUUUAUGAGAGGGUUUGCACCAACGCCAAUAUUCCAGUAUUAAUCCAAAUACUGCAGAAUGAAUCCAAAUGAGAUACUAGGGUUCUCUGAUUAAAACCUUGUGUAAGCAGCUUACCAAUUAAUCUUGUCCACAAUAAAAGCCUUCUUCUGAAACAGGCAGCACAUGCCAGCAUCACAGUGUACAUAUAGUAAUAAUUCAGUUUCAGAAUUUAUGUGUCAUGUUGCUAGAGGUCGUGCAGCGUUUCUGCUGUUUUACCAGUUUCUCCCAAGAACCAAAUUAUAUUAUCUUGUAUUAGAUAACAUACAAACCAUAUACAACCAGGAAUACAAAUGAAGCAUGGGAAAUUAUAAACCACGUUAACACUUAACUUAAAUAUAAUAAUAUGUCAAAUUUGAUCUUUCAAUUGGGCUCUUUGUUGACGCUCAACUCACCUUUUCUCUAUAUUGUAUACUUCUAAGUUAUCAGAAUUUUGCUGGUCAAAGAAAAACACAGUAAUCUUUGGGAGAUGGAUUUGUCAAACUGAUCAUUCAGGAGAAACAGGUUGUUAUCUACUUGUAAGUCUCACAAUGCUAUACUCUCUGAAACAAAUUUCUCUACUUUAAAUGUGUUAGAGAAAUUUUACUACUCUCUUCCAUCGUGUAUUUGGCACUUUUAGGACAUGCAGAGGUCAGUGUGUAAUAUUGUGCAUUAUUGUAAACUUUACUGUAAUUGUUGAACUGUCUGAUUUUAAUCUUGCUUUAGGACUUCUCAUGUGUUUUUUUUAAAGACAACAAUGAAGUUAUUCCUAUGGUGUUACAUGUUUUUGUUUGCAUUCUACAGAUAAGCCAAGUGGAAAUACUCAUUGUCACGGUAGUAAAGGUAUUUUCAUAUUGAG